UACAUUGUAUUAGACCAUACUGUUAUCCUAAUAUGGGAAAUAAAAUUAAGGGGGGCUGUUUCUUAAUGUAUCUGAUCAAUCUCUUUUCUCUCUCUUACCAACUCAUAUAAAACUUGUUUUCUUCUUGCUCUAAUUUUCAUCAUUCUAUUCAUUCAUCACAUAUACAUUUUUUCCCUAUAUUUUUUUAUAGGGUUCUUCCUCACCUUCUUCUUUAAUCUUUGUAAUGUCCUUUGUAUUUGCAGUAAUCUUUCAUCAACUCUUCUGGGUUUUGUUUUCCAUUGUUGGGUUUCUCUUCAAUUUGCAAUCUUUUCUUGAUUUUUCACUUCAAGUUUCAAUCUUUCAGUCAUGUCCAGUCUUCUUAACUACAAAGGGAAUGGCUCGCUGUACAGUGAGAGAUCAUUCUCAAUGGAAGCUCCUUCGUGCAAACGUGCACGAAUCGAUGCCCCAUUUUUACUCUGGGGUCAUGAAUCUGAGCAGCAAAAGGGUUCAUCCCUUGAUGUUCUUCCUCAGGAAUGCCUCUUUGAGAUCUUUAGGCGCUUGCCUGGCCAAGCAAGGAGCAACAGUGCUUGUGUCUCAAAGCAAUGGCUUUCUCUUUUGAGCAGCAUCCGCAGGGCUGAAAUGUGUGAUAGGGACGCACUAGCAGUAUCUGAAGGUGAAGAAAUGGAUGGUUGUCUUUCGAGGACCGUUGAAGGGAAGAAAGCUAAUGAUAUUAGACUUGCUGCUAUUGCUGUUGGAACUGCUGCUCGAGGUGGACUCGGAAAGCUUUCUAUCCGAGGCACUCAAGGUGCGACUGUCACUAAUGUCGGUCUCUCAGCUAUCGCUCGUGGGUGUCCAUCUCUCAAAUCUCUGUCUUUGUGGAGUGUCCCUACUAUUGGGGAUGAAGGGCUUAUUGAGGUAGCUAAUGAAUGCCCCAUGUUGGAGAAGGUUGAUCUCUUCCAUUGUCCAUCUAUUACCAACAAGGGUUUAACUGCUAUUGCUGAACGUUGCCCGAAUUUGACAACUUUGUCAAUCGAAUCAUGCCAUAACAUCGGCAAUGACAGUAUCCUAGCGAUUGCUCAGGGCUGCCCUAAACUUGAAUCGAUUUUGAUUAAGGACUGCCCUUUUGUUGGGGAUCAAGGGCUUGCAAGUUUAUUAUCAUCAUCCUCUUCAGUGUUGGCCAAAGUAAAGCUUCAGAACUUGAACAUCUCGGAUUUCUCGCUUGCUGUCAUUGGCCACUAUGGGAAAUCUAUCACCAACCUCACCUUGAGCGGCCUAAGGAAUGUGAGCGAAAAAGGGUUUUGGGUAAUGGGUAGUGCUCAAGGUUUAGAGGCUUUAGUCUCCUUGUCGAUUUCUUCAUGCUUGGGAGUAACAGAUAAGGGUCUUGAAGCUAUUGGCAACGGCUGCUCUACCCUUAAACAGAUUUCCCUACGCAAUUGUUGCUUCAUGUCGAAUGAUGGAUUAUUGGCAUUAUCAAGAUCAGCAGAGUCUCUCGAGAGCAUGCAUUUGGAGGAUUGCAAUAGAAUUACUGUAUCCGGAGUUGUCUCCGCCCUCUCCAAUUGCAGUUUUAAGUUCAGAUCUCUUGCCCUUGUGAAGUGCAUGGGUCUUAAGGAUAUGCCGUUCUAUGAUUCAGUCAUAUACCCUUGCUUAUCCCUUCGAUGCCUUUCCAUCAAAAACUGUCCUGCCUUUGGCAGUGCUAGCUUGGAUAUCUUGGGUAAGAUGUGCCCCAAUCUAAGGCAGGUAGACUUAAGUGGCCUGUAUGGGAUUACAGACGACGGUAUUUUCUCUGUUCUUGAAAGCUCGGUAGCAGGUCUCGUCAAGUUGAACCUCAGUGGCUGCAUAAACUUGUCCGAUGAAUCUGUUGUUGCUAUUGCUAGACGCCAUGGAGAGACCAUCAAAGUUCUGAAUCUCGAUGGGUGCAGGAAGAUUUCUGAUGUGAGCGUGUCUACCAUAGCCUGCAGCUGCCCGUUGCUCAGUGAACUCCAUGUCUCGAAUUCUGCCGUCACAGAUUUAGGCAUUGCUGCUUUAUCUUGCUCGCAACAAUUAAACCUGCAAAUCCUUUCCAUAUCUGGGUGUGCUCGGAUAUCAAACAAAAGUUUACCGUUCCUUAUUAACUUGGUGAAAAGCCUGGUUGGUUUGAACCUUCAAUACUGCAAUGCACUUAGCAGUAGCAGUGUUGAUAUGCUGAUGGGCAAUCUUUGGAGAUGUGAUAUUCUUUGCUGAAUGCCCGGUUUUCACCACCAUCUUCAGUUUUUACUGCUCAUGAUCCCAGUGGCUCGGAAAAUCUCAUCAUUUCAGGUUUAAUUGUUUUCCAGAAGGAUCUUUGGCGAACCACACAGACGCAAACUUUUUUGCAGGUUUCGGAAACCUGUUCGUUUUGGUUUUUUAUGUCUCCUAGACGGAAAGACCGUCCUUGUUACGAACCACAGAUACCCUUUUGAUGCUCAAUGUCCUGAUCAUGUUUUAAGAGCUUCAAAUCAUGGGCAGAGUAGACUUUUUCGAGCAUGCCUAAGUCAUGAUUUUCUCUCUGCAUACAGCUUUAAGGAACACACAAGUCUGUUUGAGAGUCUGUUUAUAUGUUUGGAGUCUUUGGCUUCCCUCCUUUUUUGUUGUAGUUUACAGUUGCUUUAGGCAGUUUUAUGUGAUGAUAGGAAGAGUCCUAGGCUUUGGCAAUGGCAUCGAGUUUUAACUCAUUUUUGCCAUCCACAACCUUUUUUAGGUUGUUUUUUGAUACUUUACCAAAGUUCCUAGUUUUUCUGGCUCUUCUUAAUUGCUUAAUCUGUACUGGGCAACCCUUUUUGUUUUUAAAAAAAUCAAAAAGACAAAAAAAAUAAAAAAAUAAAAAAAUAAAAAAA